AAUAUUUAAAAAAACUAGGGUAACUCUCGAGGAGGAGGUUCAACAACAAAACAAAAAAAAACUCUGAGGAAGAAGGAGAAGAGGAAGUGGCGGCAGACAUGGUUUGGAAAGGUGAUUAUGAUGACAAAAAUCUCUACAUAUGUUUGGCCGAGCACAGAGUGGAUGGCUACUCUACUUACGCUAUUAAAGCCGUUGAAUUGAGCGCUUUAUUUUCUUCUUCUUCUCUGUCUUCUGGGUGCUCACUGAAGUUACGGCAAGUGGCUUACACAUCCGGCGAGGAUCUUCCGGAUAAUAUGGCCUGCGGUGUCUUCGGAUCCAAAAUUCUUUUGGCCGGUGGCACGAUAGGCGUGUAUGACCCGAUAGUAGCUACCCAGGAAGGCAGAUAUAACCCAAAAUUAGGCGGAUUCGUGCCAUGUCCGUGUACAGAAAUUCAAGUGUUUGAUACUCGAAAUCAAAGCCAAAGCCACACCACCUUCAGGACCUUCGGGAGUUUCAAUGAAGGGAAAGCGAACCCUUUCCUCCUAGAGGUGGACGGAAAGCUGUAUGCUUUGGCUAGUUAUCCCAUACAAUCAUCUAUCAAUUCUAGGGGUUCUUCGUAUUUCGAGGUACUCGAUCCCAUUCGCGGGGUAUGGUCGACUCUUCCAUACCCGCCGGUUUUCGAUGACUAUAAUAGGACGUGUGACCCUGCUGGGCCUGGAGAUUUUUUUUGCUUUGUCGCUGGAUCAAACAUCUUUUGCACCAGUGCAUAUUCUCCCUCCUACUACCGAUUUGAUGUUGCUGAGCCCGUCAAGGGAUGGAGAGCACUCCCUUCUUCUUUCAACUCCGACCCUUUGCCUGAAAAUACAUUAGGCAGAACAUUCGUGGCAGACGGUGGUGAUGGGGAAUUUAUACUCUUUAGUUUUAGUUAUGGUGAGCCAGAGUAUCCUCAUCCGCAUAUGCUAGUGCAAUUGCUGUCGUCUGAUUUUGGUUGUGUGACGACUCUAAGCCGUGUGCAGCUGCCAACAGAUAAGAUACCUCCUGUAUUCCUUCCUCCCACCAGUUAUAGGUUUGUCAAUCUAGGAGGUCCAAGACUCUGCCUUCUUUUGUCCAGCUUCGAUAGUUAUGUUGAUGGGGUGGAGAAGGAGGAGGAGGAGUUGAUCGUUUUUGCCCUACAAUUUGAAUUUACCAAGAAAAAGGAUUCCUUGGAUGUCCAAUUCCUCGGUACUAACAUUUUUGUUGAAAGCGAGACUGACACCCAGCGUCCUCAAGAAUCUGACAUCUAUAAUGUAGAGAUUCUUGGUGCCAUUUUGUUGUAACUUACUGGUGAGAAGAGGGAUUCUUUGGCUAAAGAGGGGGAGGGCCUUGCAAUCAUGAAGAAAGAUCUUUGGUCUAGCAUAGUUAGAAAUUUAUGGUUAGAAUGAUCCUUAGUACUCUACUCUCCAAUUAGCGAGGAAUGUAGCUUUACUUUUGAUCAAGGUUUUAUUGGUAUAUUAUGAGAUAGUAUGGAAACAUGGUUUGUAUUGUUAUCCUAUUAUCCAUGAUUUGGUUUUCUUUUCAUCA